AUGCAGAUACUUUUGUUGUUAAGUCAUAAAUCAGUUUCACCACUUAAGAUCCUAUUAGAAGCUGCCAAAAUGUCGCGGAAGGGUUUAAUGGAACAAGACCUGAGUAAGUUGGAUGUCACAAAGUUGCAUCCACUUUCUCCAGAAGUCAUAUCUCGGCAAGCUACUAUUAAUAUUGGCACUAUUGGUCAUGUGGCACAUGGCAAGUCAACAGUUGUGAAAGCAAUAUCUGGUGUCCAGACUGUGCGUUUCAAAAAUGAGUUGGAGCGUAACAUUACAAUCAAGCUUGGCUAUGCAAAUGCAAAAAUAUACAAGUGUGAAGAUGAACGGUGUUCAAGGCCUAUGUGCUACAAGGCUUAUGGAAGUGGGAAAGAAGAUAGUCCUAUGUGUGAUGUGCCAGGGUUUGAAAAUAGCAAGAUGAAAUUGCUGAGACAUGUUUCAUUUGUGGAUUGUCCGGGACAUGAUAUUCUCAUGGCUACUAUGCUUAAUGGAGCAGCAAUCAUGGAUGGAGCUUUGCUACUCAUAGCUGCUAAUGAAAGCUGCCCACAACCACAAACCUCUGAGCAUUUAGCUGCUGUGGAAAUUAUGCGUCUACAGCAUAUAAUAAUCCUUCAGAACAAGGUUGACUUGAUCCAAGAAAAUGUGGCAAUCAAUCAGCAUGAAGCAAUUUCAAAGUUUAUACAAGGAACUGUAGCUGAUGGUGCACCAGUAGUACCUAUUUCAGCACAGUUAAAGUAUAAUAUUGAUGUUGUGUGUGAGUAUAUUGUGAAGAAGAUCCCAAUCCCUGAGAGGAACUUUGUUUCUCCACCUAAUAUGAUUGUAAUUCGAUCAUUUGAUGUCAAUAAACCUGGGUUUGAGGUUGAUGAAAUAAAAGGAGGUGUAGCUGGUGGAAGCAUUCUGAGGGGUGUUUUGAAGGUGAAUCAAUUCAUUGAAGUUCGACCUGGCAUUGUUGUUAAAGAUGAGAGUGGAAAUAUCCGAUGCACACCCAUAUACUCAAGAAUAGUUUCAUUGUAUGCUGAACAAAAUGAGCUUCAAUUUGCUGUGCCUGGAGGCCUUAUCGGUGUUGGGACAACAAUGGAUCCCACAUUGACACGUGCUGAUAGGUUGGUAGGUCAAGUUCUAGGAGAGGUCGGAUCACUACCUGAGGUUUUUGUGGAACUCGAGGUAAACUUUUUCCUACUUAGACGGCUUCUUGGUGUCCGAACAAAAGGGUCAGAGAGACAGGGGAAGGUAUCCAAGCUAGCUAAAGGAGAGAUGCUAAUGUUGAACAUAGGAUCAAUGUCAACGGGGGCUAGAGUAAUUGCUGUGAAGAAUGACUUGGCAAAGUUGCAACUUACAUCCCCUGUGUGCACAAGCAAGGGUGAGAAGAUAGCACUCAGUCGACGUGUUGAGAAGCAUUGGCGUCUUAUUGGGUGGGGCCAAAUCCAAGCUGGAAUCACUCUUGACGUCCCUCCUGCCCCCCAACUUAGUUGA